AUGGCAUCUCCGAUUGUCCACCCCAUCUUUGAGCCUGUCACGGGCACCUGGCAAUACAUUAUUGCUGACCCGUCCACCCUUGCCGCCGCCAUCAUCGACCCCGUGCUUGAUUUUGAACCCGCCCGCAAUACCAUCUCCACGGCCACUGCUGAUUCGUUGCUCGAUAUCGUCGUCCACAACAACUACAAAGUUGGUUAUCUUCUCGAGACACAUACCCAUGCAGACCAUCUGUCUGCUUCCCGGUACCUCCAGCUCAAGCUCGCGCAAUCAACAAACCCGAAAACAGGGAUUGGCAAGCGCAUCGUCCAGGCCCAAACCACAUUUGCCCAGAAAUACGGAGUCGAACAAUCCGAACUCGAAGAUGUUUUCGAUUUUCUUUGGGAGGAUGACCAGACUUUCAGAAUCGGUGACUUGGAGGCAAAGGUGGUCCAUCUGCCUGGCCACACGCCUGAUCAUGUUGGAUAUUUGAUUGGCGACAACAUCUUUUGUGGCGAUUCUCUGUUCCUCCCUGACGUUGGCUCAGCCCGUUGCGACUUCCCCGGAGGAGACGCUGUCCAACUGUUAGUGCAACCCUUUGCUCCUUUUCUCUGUUGUCUUUGCUUCUGCUUCUUCCCUCUCAUCAAGCCUUUCUCCCGCCCCUUCCCCGUGUCCUUUCACUGCUCCUUUCCUGUUGUUCCAGUUGUACCUCACUUGCUCCUUCCCUGUUGGUUCCCUGCUCGCUACCACUCAGUCCAAACCCUCUUCUCCCUCCCCCCACAUCACAAGAUCUACACAGGCCACGAUUACCCAUCCGGCGACCGCAGCGACCCAGUCCCUUACACGACCGUAGCCGAGCAACAAGAACGGAACAAACACCUCAAGAUUGGCACAACACAACAAGAGUUUGUGAACUGGAGGCAGGAGAGGGACUCGGAGCUUGGGGAGCCGAGGUUGCUGCACCAGAGUCUGCAGGUUAAUAUCCGAGGAGGGAGACUGCCGAGGAGUGGGAUGUUGGUUUUGCCUUUGAAGGGGGCCAGGGAGGUGGGGGGUGUGAAGCUUUGA